GUCACAGAAAACAAGAAAAAGCUUUGACUACUAUUGAUGACCGUCAAAUUUCAAAUGAUAUGAUGAUCACCAUAAUGCUUUUUGGUAAGAACAUGAAUCUCCCAAUUCCCUACCCUCCCCACCCCGUACAAAUCUGCCACAAGGCUAGAACAUGUCUUCUUUUCCUGGUUAAAUGUGUGAGAUGAAUUACAGAGAUUGCUAAGGAGCAUCCAUGGCGUACAAGGGAAGAAGUGCAGAAGGCACACAUGCAAGGAUCAGGGUGGUGGAAUGGACUGCUGGGAUUUUCAUGUUUUGUGGGCUGUUCAUCAUUUGGGAGGGAGACCAAUCUUGGCUCCAAAAUGCUCACAUAUUUCAGUACUGCAAUGCCAUCAAGAAGAAUGUGAAUGCUUCCGUGGCAGUGGAACGAGACCACCACAGGCAGAGUAAUGUUACCAUGGAAGGAGACCACCAUGGGCAGAGUAAGGUUACCAUAGAAAUAGACCACCAUGGGCAGAGUAAUGUAGCCAUUGAAGACCACCACCAUGGGCAGAGUAAUGUUACCAUAGAAGUAGACCACCAUGGGCAGAGUAAUGUUGCCAUGGAAGACCACCACCAUGGACAGAGUAAUGUUACCAGGGAAGUAGACCACCAUGGGCAGAGUAAUGUUACUAGGGAAGGAGACCACCAUGAGCGGAGUAAUGUUACCAUGGAAGUAGACCACCAUGAGCAGAGUAAUGUUGCCUUGGAAGAAAACCAUCAUGAUCAGAAUAAUGGUGCUUCUCAACACAAUGGAGUUGGGCGGUGCAAUCUGUUCAGAGGAAAAUGGGUGUACGAUGAAUCCUAUGUAUUGUAUUUGAAUGGUUCCUGCCCUUUUGCCAGCAGUGACUUCAACUGUCGCAAGAAUGGCAGAGUAGAUUCUGAUCAUGAGAGGUGGAGAUGGCAACCUGAUGAGUGUGAUCUUCCUAGGUUUAACGCCUCAAUAAUGUUGGAAAUGUUGAGAAACAAAAGACUAGUUUAUGUGGGAGACUCCAUAAAUCGCAACCAGUGGGAAUCCAUGCUCUGCCUCUUGAGGGUUGUGGUGCCUCAUGAUGGAGGCAAAAUGAAGGCCAGAGAUAAUGGCCAAUUUCUUCAGUAUUUUAUGAAGGAUUAUAAUUGUUCUAUAGAAUUUUCGUGGGCUCCAUUCCUGGUGCGGCAGAAUCAGAACAACGGUAAUGAAACAUUGAAGAUUGAUAUGAUUGCUGAACAAUCUCAGCACUGGAAAGAUGCAAGCAUUUUGGUUUUCAAUAGCGGACACUGGUGGACUCACGAGCAGCCCUAUGAAGGGAGAAAUUAUUUUGAGGAAGGAGGACAAGUCAUCCCUUACAUGGAAGAGCUUACUGCUUUCGACAAGUCACUCCAGACAUGGGCCAAAUGGAUACACAUCAACAUUAACCCUCACAAGACCCAAGUUUAUUUCCGAGGCUACUCACCUGUGCACUUUCAUGGGAGGGUGUGGGGGAAGAAGACUGGUGGAGGAUGCUUCAAUGAAACAGAGCCCAUUCAUAAAAUGGGAAAAAAGGCAGAAAGUAUAUAUGCAGAAAGGAAAAGGAUGGAAAUAGUGGAGAAGGUGGUGGGAGACAGCAAGAAUGGUGUGAAAGUGAAGUUGUUAAAUGUAACAGGAAUGUCAAUGUACAGGAAGGAUGCUCAUGCCUCUGUUUAUACCAGCAAGUAUGCCACCAUGACAAACAAAAAUGAUUAUCACUAUGCAGAUUGCAGCCAUUGGUGUCUCCCUGGCCUACCUGAUGUUUGGAAUAACAUCCUCUACGCCCUUCUGGAAUAGCAUUCUCUAUGUUUAAGAUACAAGAGCUUCUGGUUUAUAUUAUGUCUAUUUUUUUUAAGUGAGGUUUCAAAUCACACUCAAUGAUCCAUUAUCAGGAAGAGGUAAUUACAGGCUAUAGACACCUAAGAAGGGAGGCAACUUCUGGAGAGUUGAACCCCCGAACUGUAGCAGGAAAAACAUAAGAACAAGGGUUUUUUCUCACUGUUGUGUUAGUGUCAUCUGUCAAGUUAUAAGCUAAAGAAGAAAAUUUAUUUUCA